AUGCGCGACCCCCAAGCUGCCUCGCGCACGACCCGCAUGCUGCCCUGUCUGCGCCACCCCGCGCACCCUGUCCUGCCCCGCGCGCGAACCGCACGUGGCCCUGCACGCUGCCCUGCACGCGCAUUGCCUGCGCUCUGCCUGCACGCGCGUUGCCACCGCACAGCCCAAGCCCUAUGCGCAACGCCCACGCUGCCUGCGCUGCCCAUGCUGCCUGCGCUGCCCAUGCUGCCUGCGCCUCCGGUGCCGCCUGCAGCCGUCCUGCCCAUGCUGCCUGCAGCCGUCCUGCCCAUGCUGUGCUGCCUUCGCGCUGCCCCACACGCUGCCCCACGCACGUUGCCCUGCCCUGCCCUGCCUGCAUGCGCUGCCGGCGCUGCAUACGCGCUACUCGUGCCGCCUGCUGCUGUGCUGCUUUGCGCGCUGCCCGCGCACAGCCAGCAGGCCCCGCGCUGCCCUGCACGCUGUGCACCCGCUCUGCGUCUGCUCGUACAGGUGGUGCCACCGGUGGAGGUGGAGGUUCUGGGGGUGGACAGCAGUGGCAGCAGCUUCGAGAUUGGCGUGCUAGAGGCGAUUGCGUCGCGGUCCGUCAUGUGCACUAUCCGCUAG